GGCGGGGCGCCCGUUGGAGGGGGGGUGGCGGUUGCUGCGGUGGGUCGGGGCCUGUGGGGUGGUGGUUUAUAUCCUUUUACCUUUGAUUGAUGCGGCUGUUUAUCUUCUGGGCGUAAGAUGGGCCUUUGCGGGUUGCAGAGGGUGGGUGUACACGUAAAGUUAUGUCGACUGCAUAGAAGUAAAUAGUGUAAAAUGGGGGGCAGGUCUCGUUAAAAGCGCUAUGGUGCCUUGUUAGUGACUCGUGGAAUAAUCUGGGUACAGUAUCAUUGUUUGUGGGUAUUAAAGAGUGUCCUUGAAAUGUGAGUAUUAAUGCUGUUCCAUCUAUAAAGUGCUAUCAGAUAUGAUUUUCUCAUAGGAAGACCAUUUUGAAUCAAUUUCAAGUAUUUCCAGUUGUGUCUCUAGUGUAGUGUACUUGGGGUUUUUUUGUUUUUGUUUUUUUAGAAAAAAGAAUUUAAAGUUCUGUGCAGAAAAUAUUUUUUCAUUACAUGACCCUAAUAUCCAGCAGGAUGUAAAUAGGCCAGAAGCUGUGGCAGGAGAAGUGCAGUUGUUGUUUUUCCUGUUUACUAGGAGUUCUGAUAUACAGACACCUAACUUUUUAUUUAUCUGAAUUGUGUGGGAGUUUACGUGAAUAAAGUCAAUUUUCCAGAUGAUAAAUACAGCUGAAUAACUCCAAUGGUUAUUUAUGUCCUCUUUUACCACCAUGGUAGCUCAUAGUCAUUAAUAUAUUUUUAUCAUCACAAUAUCCCUGUAAGACAGGGAGAUGUAAUCUGAUUUCACAGAAAAAUAACUGAAGCAAAAAUCAAAAAAAGAAAUCAUAUGUAGUCUCUGGCCAGUCAGAGAACUGAAACUAGGUCUUAUGAGUCUAGGACAGUGAGUCUUACUGCCCUCUAUCAUGGCAGUUUCUGUAUUCUCAAAUAUUUUAUCUACUGUACUACAGCUUUGACUGUAUAAUCUCAUCCUUUCAGUGGUUCCUUUUAUCAGUCAGAAUUCGGGGGGGGGGGGGGGUUUGCAUUGCUGUUAUGAUCUACCCAUGUUGGUCUUAUUUUGCAAAGUUGCAGAGGUAUUUGGGCAGUUUCUGCAUGAUUUUUGUUCGCUUGUUUUCUUUUUUCCUAACACCAUAAAUAUUUUCAGUGUUCCCAUUUUGACUUUUGCCAGGGCCCUCCAUUGCACAUAUACAUGCAGCUAUUGUGAGUUUAAAAGAACACUCCCUGGGAAAAUGAGUCAUGUUAAGGAAGAAGUGUCUUCUUUUCUCUGAAGAGAAACUUAAGAUCUAAUUGAAAAGGCUUAGGGGAGAUGAAGCAACUAAAGAUUAUGUGCACUUUGCAAAAAGCAGGGCAUAUGUAUGUGAAAGAAAUUGAAUUGCAUAUUUCUGAAGAAUUCUGUUCUCUGAUCUGUUGUGCUGCCGCCUCCUCCUCCUUCCUCCCCCCCACCCCCCCGGCCAGUACUUGGGUGUAUAAAACCACUGCACUUCAACUGCCUUCAUUUCAAAAGGGCUCUGGCUCAUAGAAAUUUGAAAGUAGAUGUGAAUAGCUAAAGUCCAAGAAAAAAGUCUAUUUUAGAAGUAUUUACUGUUCUUCUUAUAAACCCCGUUUUCCUGUUUUCAUUUACUGUGUUAAUUAUCUUGAAUUACAGACUUGCUGUUGACUGCCUCCUUGUGUCAUAAAAGAACUGUGCUCUUACAGCAUAAAUAUAAAUCACUUCUUAGAGAUUGGAAGCCACUAUUAGGCUUUCUUUUUGAAAAGAGCUGGACACAUUCCAAAAGCUGUAUUAAGUACUGUACUCGAAUUGAAAUAUGCUUUGCCUUUUGCAGUGGUUCUGUUAGGCUAAUUAUGUUUUUCCAUAAAUCCUGCUUACACGAGAAUUCUCUUAAAUACGCAGGCAAAAAAGAGUUGAAAGAACUUACAAACAAAGCCAUAAAAUGCAACAUUUGGAAAAAAUGUUGUUCUUAUACUUAAAACUUCCUGCUGAGGAGAAAUUGCCUCAGAGAACUUGCUGCUUUAUUUCAGAAGUAGCUUCAGGGUACAGCAGAAUGUAUUUAUUAAGGUUGUUAACCCAUAACCAAUUCUUUUUUGCUAGCUGGUUUCAUGAGCAAUAACUGCUUCAAGAUGAUCCAUGAUGAUUAGUGGUGUCUUUCUCACAGCAGGGUGUGAACUCUGCCACCUCUCUGGAGAGGCUCAGAGCCUCAGAGAGCCUUUUUGAGGCUGUGAGAAAAUAUCAAGAGAGAGUGUGGAGCAGCAGAGAGUACUUGUCUUGCUGCAUUGCACUUUUUCUGCCUUCAUAACCAUCCUGAGUCACCACUAAGGAACUUGUUACGCCAGACUGCCAGAUUAGGUUGGCAUAUUUGAAGAACAGCAGCCGAGAGAAGUGCUGAUCAUUAUGAGAUUGGGUCGGUUAGAGUGAUGGAGGGCAAAAGAAACAGGGUGCAACUCUGGGAAUGCUUGGUUUAUGGAUGAAGUUGAGCACCAAAGUUGGGUUUAUGCAGUCCUGGUUGUCUUGUCUUUGGAGAUGGAGGGACAGAAUUAAGCCUUAUACUGACAGCAAUGUUACUGUUAUUUUUCCUAUUCAAUUAUUAGUUGUUAUUUCAAGCCAAGAUUGACCUGUAAUUCUUCUUACAAUAAAAUACACCCUUCACUUUGGUUCAAUAAGUAAAUGAUUUACUGCAACAUUUGUCAUCCUCCUUCCGGUUGCUCUGCUUUGGAAUUCCUUGAGCAUCUUUUCUUAUCAUUAAGUUUUAAUGAAGUAUAAAGAGCAAGGCAGAAACAGCUUUCCUAAUCCACUGUGGGUAUGAAGCUGUCCAAUGCCCUGUUUCCCCUGCUCUUGAGUAGAGCAGAAUUUGUAUACUGAAUAUAUCCAGAGUAUUAACCUCUGGAUCUACAUUUCUUCCUGCAGCUUGCAAGUGUGCUGUAGCAUCUGUUAUGUCUCCCCAUAGCUGGUGUGCACUGAUUAGGAAUAGUUGUCAGAUCUUGAGUUGCAAGCAUUUUGAAGAUGCUGCUUAGUCUCUUGGAACAAAGUGGUCAAUUCACUGUUUCCUUUUAUAAUAUCUGACACAUUCAGACUGUGAUCUGCUGUCCCCUAUAUGCUUCUGCAGUGUAAAUGAUAAGUAACAGAUACAGCUUACAGCAGUUUGCAAAAAUUCCAGCCACAAUGAGGUGCAAAAUAAAAAUGCUGUAUGCAUUUACUGAAAAGAUUGUCCUUGUUCUCAAGAAUAUAUAAGGUGACUGUGUUAUUUAUUGUACAUUUGUAAGCAUUUGGAAAUGAGCAGUCAUUGGUAGAAUUUAGAUAACGCUAUUUUACAGGCUCUUCUCAAUUUCUAGCUUCUAUGGGAUAUUUCAACACGUCUCUUUAUUCUUUUACUUACUUUUCUGAAGUUUUUUCUAUAAUAACAUUUUUGUUUCCUUUUCUUUGAGUGAACAUCUCUGAACUCACCAGCAGUGAGGAAUAUGGGGUAAGGAGGUUCUGUACCAAUCAGAUGAGAAGGCUGAGGUCCCAAGCAGUCCCACAGAUUUGGGUGAGACUUCUCACAGGAUCUCAUAGGGAAGAGUACUCUGGAUCAAACUCUGAGUUAAGUACAAAUAUUUAAGGUUCUGUAUAACUCAAAUUUACAGACAUUUUAUGUCUUGUGGAAGUCACACCUGUCUCCUAUGAACAUGUCAUGUGUACUGCUAAUGGUGUCAUUAGAAAGCCUUAAAACCAAGAAGUGUGUACAGUUUUAAAACUUUAAAUACAGUUUUAAAACACGAUUUGGGAUGUCACAAGUUAUGAAUUACUGAUGUCUUGCAAAUUAAAAGAUGAUUAUCCUUUGUGGCACUUGCUGCAGUAGCUUGUAAUAGGAAGAGUAUUCUCAAAACUAUCUUUUAAGCUUGCUCUUCAAACCUAUUCACUCUAUAUUAUGUAUUGUAUUGACUUUGUGGUACUGUAAGUUGAAGACAAAUUUGUCUUCUCACUCACACAGUUUAUAUGUGCUUAGGAAUGUUUGUAAUAUAAUGUCAGACUUGUAAUUCAGAUGAGAAAUGAUGAUAUUGCCUGGUGUAAUUCUCCAUCACCUGUUACUAGUGUGAGGAUGAAGUACAGCAAGUCAAGCUUAAACAGAGCCUUAUGUAAUAGCAAGCUACUUCGGCUGUUUAUUUUAGCUUAAUGUUCCUCCCUUGGUUACAGAACUGUUGUAAACAUGUGCUAAAUAACAGACAUUUAAAAUAUUAUGCUAGAUCAGGAGUACCAGCUUUGGGGGAAAAAAUUUUCUUUCUAAUUAUAGUAUAUAGAGUAGGUGUAUAUAUUUAGGAUUCCCUACUCCUCCCAGUCCUUAGUGACUCUCUCCCUGUUGUUAGUGGCAGAUGAAUACAGACAACACAGUCUGUUCCUAAUGUAGUCACUAAAUAAUUUAUGUAUGACUUUUAUUAUUGAAGUGUUGUUCGUCAGUCACUGGAUGGGAAUAUGCGAGUUUAUCGUCAGGAUUAUCACAAUUUCUGUCCUGCUCCCUUACUUUCUCAGUCCUCCUUUCUUUCAGCCUUUUCUUCUUCUUAUGUCUUCUAUUGUCAUUUCUCUGUGUUUCCUCCCAAUGUACAUAAACAAUAACGGGCCUUUCUGUGGUCAUCAUCUUCUCCUUCUUCUCUAUGUUAUAUCAGUGUCAUAUGUGACAAAGUAAUAAAUGGUGAGUAAGGUAUCAUUACGUUCAAAGGUCAAACUCCCAAUAAGAUGAACAGCAGUGAAGAAAUCUACACCUCUUAGUCAUUGCUUCAGGUCUUUUGCACAUUCACAAAAGUGGCCCUGAAUCACCGAUACAGGUUGGGGCUGCAUCUGGACAGUUGAUUUGGCAAUGGGCUAGCAGUUCAUGCUCAUUUGUAACAAAUACUUAGCCUGUGUGGAAAUUAAGUAUGGUGGAAAAGUAACAUAUGGUAAGUGGACCAAGCUUUGCCGUUAGGAGAACCCUUGUUGACUGAAUUAUCUUCUAGUCAGGAAUUUGAAGUGGAUAGGAUGUUUUUUACAUGCCAUGGCUCAUUAUAGAGAAAGGGGUAUGUUAGCCACAAGAGACACAAACCUAAAAUUAUCUGCCUUGGGAUAGGAUUUUUUAUUUAUCUAGCAUGAGGAGUAAAUGCGUUGCUGUAGGGAGGUAAAGUUUCAGAUGAUGACACACAGCUUCAGUAGUUCACUAAAUUCUCCCAGACUUCAGUACACCAUAGUGGACUAAAGGUUGUGAAAUCAUGUGUGGCUGAAGCUCCAGAAAGCCCAAAGAAUAUAUGCUGUAGAAGACUGCCAAAAUGCAGGCAUUGUGUUACAUUGCUCAUAUGUAAUGGAAAUACUCACAGAGUUAUGCUGUUUAGGACUAGGUCAUGAUACGAAAUCAUGCUAGUUACUUCUAUUGCUUUGUUGUUAGAUUUAAAAUGCUGUUCAUUGUGCAUAGACAUAUAAAAACUGAUGCAUCAUUGUCUGCAGUUAGAAUAGUUCAAUGCUACAAACUACUCCUUGGAGGUUGUUGUGUGAAUGGCAUUAAGCCUGUUGAAUGGGGAGGGAGAUGUUGAAGGGCCAUUACAGUACGGAUCGGGUCACAGAAUUCACAGUUUCUCCCUCAAAUGAAAGUGAUUAUAUGGAUUAGAAAGUAAGCUAUCAGAGCUUGAUACAUGAUUUCCAACUUGUUCUGGAAGGGAUUUGAGACAAUAGAGGAUGAAGUAAGAAGAUGAAAAUCAGAUGGAAGUAAAAGAGUCGCAGUGGAAUAAGUACAUUUUUGUCUAUAUGUAGAUCUUGGUCUACAAGCCAAAUUCUGGUUCCUUCACAGUUGGUGUAUAUCAGGAUACCAUGGAAGUAACUGCAGGUAUUCCAGACUUUUAUUGAUUUAAUUAUCAGAAUACAAGCUCCUCUGGUAGCCACUUUCAUUCCAGCUGGCAUAUGUAAAGUCUAAGAGAAAUAACACAAAGGCUGAUUCUGUACUUCAUAUAAAACAUGCAGUGAAGAGGCAACAUACCACCAGCUUACUGUGGUACUUUUUUACACUCAUUUUGCGUGGAAAUAACUCAGUAGCUACACAGGCUCCAAGGCAAAAGACAGUUGGGGCUUCACUGUUUGAAUUCAUGUAGGUUCCCUGUACAUUUGCUAAUGAAAUGAAAGUCCCUCACACAGACCCAUGGUCAAGUAUUUUACUACCUACCUUUUUGGAACCCCAGAGAGCAUGUGCGCACACAGCCUCUAGCUUAACCCCCUGCAGCACUGGGUUUCAAGUAGCUCUCCCUUAAGGGUGAGAUCUUUGGUAUGGAGAACAGUGCUCCCUGCAGCUGGUCUACAUCUAAAUCUGUAAGGGGUGAAUAUUUCCUAAAGAUGGAGAGAAGGGUUUUCAAUGAGCACUCAUCCUUGAAACCUUGCCUUAGCAACUGCUAGGUUGGGUUGCUACUGUCCAUUAAGCUCUUGGGCACUGUACUGUCUGGAGGAAGUAAGGUAAUGCGAGGUUGUUAUAUGGAUACAACAUAGCAUGUUGCAGCAACACAGCUGGAUCAUUGGGACCGUGCUGUGCCAAAUAGUUAAUUGCUUUUUUGAUAUACCUGAGUUACACAAAUACACCAUUGGCGUACCUUUACUUGCUGCAGCAGGAAAACAUAUUUGUGUGUCACUGUUUCACCGCACCAGCCUGUGCCGUGUUUUGCCAGUGUUAUUUAAGUGACUGACAGCUGACUGGGGGGGGAGGAAGAGCGUGGCCCCUCUCAGAUAAUCUCUCCUUGUAGAUUUUUAACUGAACAAUGCACCAAAAACUUGCAUCCUGUCUCAGGAAAGUGAGAAGCUAGGUUUACUAAAAUAGCUUUUGAAGCAAUGAGGAACAGAACAAUAUCUCUAAUAUUUGUUAUUCUUAGGGUGGAUGUGUUCCUAGCUAGUUGGUUUUGUUUUAAGGGAGGGAUCUUCUAAAGUGCUCAGUGUUGUCUGUGUUGCUGCUGAAGUCAAUCCAAGCCUGGCUGCAUAUCUCCAAGGCCUCUAGUUCAUGUGGAGCUUGGGGCUGUUUCUGCUGUCUGUUUCUCAAGUAUUAAUCAGGAAUAUCUCUGCUCAGCUCAUUGGAGUAAAGACUGUUUUGUGUUGCAGUAAGCAAACAAUAGUCCCUAGCUGUGUAUGCUUCACUCAUGUCCUUAGCAAGAUAGGGUGGGAUUAUCUGAUUGAGUGUAGACAGUUUACAUGUGACCUAGUCCCUGUAGCCUGACUUCAUAUAGAACAGCAGUUUAGUCAAAGGUGUGCAAGCAUAAUUCCUCUCAUUCUACAGUAGAUGUAUAAAAUACAUUAGAUGAAUUGCACCUCAGAACUGCUCGUUUCUGUCCAUUCACCAUGGCAGGAGCCAGUAGCAAUGAGCUUGGAGGUGAGUCAUUUACAUUGUAAAUGAUAAAUAUUUUGGAGAGUGGAUCCUGUCCCAGGUAACCACAGAAUGAUUUAAUACAGUUGCUUUGAACUUGGGUUAAAAGGAACUUGGGUUUUUAAAACAGCUUGCAGCAACUCGCUGGCCAUUGCAGUGGAGAUGUCUUUAGGAUUUCUCUGAACAGCACACUGAGAAAAGCAGAAUCUGCCGUGUGGUCUUGCUGUGGACCCCCUAGGAGACAGUGAUUUUUCACCUUAGAGGUGCCAGUUUCUUCACAUUACCUAAGAGGAAUCAGGAUGACUAGCUCAGGUGUAUAGCUCUAUCUACUAUCACAAAAAAAAAAAAUCCCCCCAAUAAAAGUGCUGUGUGUCUCUGACUCCUACAGAUGUUUCCCAUGACAAUGGUAUCUGGAGUUUGAGCUUUCACUGUUUCCUUGUCUCCAUUUUUUUUUGAGGCUGCAGCUCAGUAAAAAGCAUCCCACCAACAGUGACUAGUUCGGUGUUUCUUUUGCUGAGAUGUAGCAUGCAUUGACUGGAUUUAUAUAAAAUAUUCUGCCUUGAAGAGGUAAAAGCCCCCAUUUUAUCAUUUCUCCAAGCUCAGUUACCUAGUAGGAGCAUACUUCUAAUUCUUCAUUAAUAAAACUUCUUAGAGUGGAAGUAUACUAAAGGAGCUGUUUGCUGCUGAAUAAUAAUAAGAGACUUAAACAAAAAAUUGGACAAUAUUAAUAAGCAUCUGUUAUUAUGGAAAUGUCUAAAGGCAUCAGUAGGGCUUAUAGCAUCAUUGUGCUUUAUAGGCAAGGAUAAAUGAGCCCUCUUGUUACAGAGGUAUAGAUGUCGUAUAUGUGUUGGGAGAGGAAAGCCACAGAGCUCUCAAGCAUCUGUUUUCUUGGAAUAAUACUUAGUGUCUGUAUCUAGAGCUGGCUAGAAAAUGCAAAUUUUUCUUUUGAAAAUGUUUGGGGAAAAACUGGUUUUGGAAGUCAGAAGACCUUUGAGCCCUGUAUUUGUUGAUUGAAAAUGAGCAAACAGUUUUGAAAUAUUUUUCAAAUAAAAUACUAUUACCUCCUCAAUAAAUUCUAGCUAUUUCUAGAUAUGUCUUUUAUUCUUGUAUAUUAUCUGCAUUUCUUUAAGUGACCAAAUACAAUAGAAGCUUACUAAGUCGUCUUAUUAGCCUCCAGGUAUGAUUGUUUUCAUGGAAGAAAAGAAAUAAAAAUGAAUGAGAUUUAUUCACCUAUUCUGGCACAAGGGACAGCUUAGUGCAGUGAAUAGAGCUUGGGUGCGAGACUGUGAAAACAUAGGCUCUAUUUCUAACACGAGCUUGGAAACAGCUGGAGGCAACAUACUAUGCUUCAGUUCCCCUAUCAAUACAAGAGGAUGGAGAAAAAGAAAAUUCUAAUGAAAUCCAAGGUUGCUGCUUCAAACCUCUUACGGGCACUGCAUUCUCUGUACCAGUUUGGUCACCUCUGUGAUGUGACAGUUCACACAGAAUAUCUAGGAAUUCAGGAGGAGUUUCUGGUGCACAAAGCUGUCUUGGCAGCUUCCAGCAAUUAUUUUAAGGGGCUUUUUCUGCAUGAUGAAAUGUUGGAUACUAAGAAUUGCACAGUGACUCUACAAGACAUUUACACGGAAGAGUUCACCUCCUUUCUGGAGUUUGUUUACACUGCAGAGGUAGAGAUUGAAGCAGAAAAAUUGCACCGGAUGAAAGAAAUAGCUGAAAGGCUGGAGUGCAAGGAUUUGCUUGAUAUUUGUGAAGAAGUGAAGGCAGAGGGCAAGAAAGGUUUAGAUUUUAGCCUCCACCUGAAAGGACAGCGAUGUGAAAAUGGUGGAUCACAGUGGACUCGCAUUCAGCAAGAGGAAGACCGCACACUAAGUAACUCUUCCCAAGUUGUGGCUAUGCCCAUGCAGAGGAAACUUUGGCAUAGGCAGAAACAUACAAAGUUGCUGGCUGGCUAUGAACUCAUUGAAGGCCAACCAGCAAAUCUUGAGCAAGCAGGCACUGCUUUUCCAGAAUCAAAACCUAGGACAGCAAAGUUACCAAAAUGUAACAAGACAGAUACCAAAAAGACAAUCAACAUGGACAUCAUUAGUCUUGAAAAUGAGACUAGUCAUUCUCUCUUAAGUCAGACUGACUCAAAGGAAGCCUGCAUAGUAAUUAGAAACACACUGCCUGAGCAGUGGGAAGAUGAAAACAGUUUAAUUUCCAAACUUGCCAGUAAAACUGGACAUAGGAAAUCAUUGCGGCAUGUGGCAAAAGUCUUGCCACAAAUUGCAUGUGAGAAGUGCAAUGAAUCAUUCCAUUUCAUCAAGCAGUAUCGGUCACACAUGGAGCUCAAGCAUGACAUUAAUCUUGCUGUCAAGUACAGCUGUAACGUAUGUGAGCAGCUCUUCUCCAAUCACCGGAACCUCAGGCAGCACCAGCUUACUGUUCACAGUGAUGAGCGAUGCUUCUCCUGCAUGUGCUGUGACAAGAGGUUUAAGCGUCAGAAGGACAUAAAUGACCAUAUCCGGAGAGUGCAUGAAAAGAGGCAGGAUCCUCAGGCUUGCCCAUACUGUGACAAAGUUAUCAGUUCCAAGUGUGGCCUGACAGCCCAUGUACGAACGCACACGGGAGAGAAACCUUAUAAAUGUGAACAGUGCCCUGCAAGCUUUGCUCAGAGAUCUGCUUACAAUACUCAUGUAAGAAAAAUCCAUGAAUCUGGGCAAGAAAGGAAACUUAUGCCAGUCUAUUGGAUGGUAGUUCCACCUGCACAUAGACCAACUGCAACAAACUGUGAAAAAGAUUCUGGCAGAGACAUGUGGGAUAGGGCACUGGAGGCUGAACUACAAAGGUGUGCAAAGCACAGAGAGGCCACCAGUUGUGAGGAAGAACCUGCAGGUUCAUCUGUCACUGAAGCAGAUUGUAGCAAUGAUCAAGAAGAAAACAAGCUGAAAUAUAAGGAAGCUGAAGGAAGAAGGGGAAAAGGGAAUGAAGAAGGGAAGGAAGAUGAAGGUGAAAUGAGUGUGAAGGGAGAGCAGGAGGGAGAUUCUGAAGCAGGGUGUUCAGAAGUCGAAGACGGUAAAGACAAUGAGGAGGUCUGUACUGAGGAGGAGGAUGAGAAUGAUGAAUAUUCUAAUGAGAAGGAAGCUGAAGAAUAUAAAUCAGAUGAAGACUUUAAAAUAAAGAAGGUAAUUAAAAGUGGGGUGAAUAAGAAAUCUGCCUAUGUAAUAACAUGUGAUAAAUGUAAUGAGCAAUUUGUUUCCCGAAAAAAGUAUGUGGAUCACUGCAGAGAUGUUCAUCAGUGCUUGCCUGGUAAAGUUUAUCGGUGUGACAUCUGCAGCAAGUCAUUUGCUAGUUACAACAGCUGGAAAGAGCACCGAGCCUGUGUCCACACUGAAGAAAGGCAGUUUGCCUGCACCCUUUGCAAUGCUACUUUUAAAAGAAAGAGAGAUGUGAGAACACAUUAUAUGCGGAAGCAUGAAGGCAGAGUCAAACGCCCUCUCUGUUCUGUCUGUGGGAAGAUCCUCAGUUCCCGAACAGCACUAGUGUUUCAUAUGCGGACACAUACAGGAGAAAAACCUUACGAAUGUGGCAUUUGUCAUUCAAAAUUUGCACAACCAUCACAGCUUAAGAUCCAUACCAGGUCCCAUACAGGGGAAAAGCCAUAUAUUUGUGAGGAGUGUGGGGCUUGCUUUGCUGAUAAAGGCAAACUCACCGGCCACAAAAGGACCCAUACAGGAGAACGCCUUUUUAAAUGUGAUGUGUGUGGAAAACACUUUGCUACCAAUGAAUACUUAAAAUGCCACAAGCGAUGCCACAUGGGUGCGAAGCCAUACAAAUGUGAGGUUUGUGGGAAAACAUUUGGAUUGAGAGCCUCGCUAGCCCAGCACAGUAAUGUCCAUGCAGAGACCCGUCCAUACUUCUGUGAACAAUGCGGAAAAACAUUCACGCAACAAGGUGCUCUGCGACGCCACCAGCGUAUUCACACUGGGGAAAAGCCAUACAAAUGCAGAGCUUGCGAGAGAACCUUCACAGAUAUGUCCACCUUGCGGAGACAUGUGUCGAUUCACGACAGGAAUGCUCACUGGAGAAGUUUCUUAAUAGAUCUUACAACCAAAAAAGACCAUAAUUGGUCUAAAAUAGAAACAUUAUCAGAAGCCUGUAUGGGUGAAGACUCAGCACCUGAAAUUUGGUCAGUUGACCAAGGUAAACUUUAUAAACCAGAAAGCAUUAUUCUUAAAAAAGUAGAACACACGCCAUCUAGCGUUAAUAAUCCACAAGUCACUGAUCAUUCUGUUUUAUACCUAUAACAUCAGUUUUUCACCAGAAAACUGUACAACCUCUCCAUGUUAUAAUAGGCUAAACUAUUUCAAAUCUUUGUUUAUUGUAACUGCCUCAUUAAGCUAUUAAUAUAGUGCAGUAUCUUAUUUAUACAAGUGGUCUGAAAUUAUAUACAUUGUAGUCAGAGACAGGAUUCAUAAUUCUUAUGAAAAGAAUGUCAGUUAAGAUUUUAGAUAUAUAAUUUUAUUUUUUACGAAGUCUUGAAUACAUCAUAUGAUAAAAUAUGUUUAUGAAAGCGUUUUGUGUUUGCAUGUGUGCAAAUAUACACGUAUUGUUCUGUUACUGCAAAUUACUGUCUCUUUUAAUAAAGCCAUCUUCAUAACAUAAAAUGACCAUCCAUCCUCUAAUUUAUUUGCAUGUAUUUGACUGUAGAAUAUUUUCCCUGAUAAAUAUGAAACUUGCUAAUGUUGCUGUGGAAUGUUAUAAACUGACUAGAAGUUAAAUGCUUAACUGGUGAUACA